AUGUCACAGAAUAUCCUUGCGAAAGAUUUCGGUACAGAUUCCACUCUUCUACCAAUCGAACAGCAAGUUCUUUCCGAAUACCAACUGCUUGCACUCAAACUACGUUCAUUGGCUGAAGAGUUGGCAAAAAUGAAUAGAUACGCCGCAGAGCUGCAGAGUUCUGGUCCAAGCGGACAGGCUGACGCAUUACUCACAAAUAUCAGAGAUCUAGAACGAAAAAUGGGACUAGUAUACACGUUCUUCCGUACAGCGGUGUACUCUUUGUUACUUGAAAAUACUGAAGAGCGUGGUGGCUACAGAUGA